AAUCACCAACCAUUCUCGUCGAGGCCAAGCUCUCAGGGUGCCUGGGGGGGUUGAACGAGAACGAGAACACCACGCUCAGAAAUCGCGUUUUCUUUUUCGAGGGGAAGACAUAUUUCGGGAACUUGCGCAUGCGUUAACCAUGGACUCUGGCUCCAAUUGAACCUUUUUCUCCAGUUAAUACCCCACCAUUUACGCCGACUCCCUCCCGUGGAGAUGACGGCGCACAGUCGUCGCGAUGGGACUUUGAGCUCCGUGUUUCUGCUUGCGGCCAACAUCCUAAUACCGGCCGCUAUUUUCGUAUUUGCGACAGGCUUCUUCCCGUACAAGCCACUGCUUUCUGGUCUGGCAACCUACGAUGCCGUGACCGAGUAUGGCGACCCUCCGGCCGCCCCGUUCGACAGGCUCGUAUUCAUGGUGAUCGAUGCCUUGCGAAGUGAUUUUGUCUAUGCCGAAAACAGCGGCUUCGAAUUCACACAAUCACUCAUUCGCGAUGGCGCCGCACUCCCCUUCACCGCGCAUGCCACCUCCCCGACCGUCACGAUGCCGCGUCUCAAAGCGAUAACUACCGGCUCGAUCCCCUCCUUCCUCGAUGUCGUACUCAACCUCGACGAGGGAGACGAGAGCUCCAGCUUGGCGUCGCAGGAUACGUGGCUGGCGCAAAUGAAGGCCAAGGGCACGGGGAAGUUGGUUAUGUACGGGGACGACACCUGGUUGAAGCUGUUUCCGGGAACCUUUGAUCGUGCCGACGGGACCACAAGCUUCUUCGUUUCGGACUUUACCGAGGUGGACAACAACGUAACUCGGCAUAUCGCUGGGGAGCUCAAGAAUGACGACUGGAAUACAAUGGUUCUGCAUUAUCUAGGACUGGAUCACAUCGGCCACAAGGGUGGGCCACGAAGUCCUCAUAUGGUUGUCAAGCAGCGGGAAAUGGAUGGAAUCGUUCGUCAAAUCUACACAGCUAUCGAGUCACAGGACCAUCUUCACUCGACCCUGUUCGUGGUCUGCGGCGACCACGGCAUGAACGACGCCGGCAACCACGGCGCAUCAUCCCCCGGGGAGACCUCCCCGGCCUUGGUGUUCAUGUCCCCAAAGCUGAAGGCGCUGGAAAGCAACCUGAAGUCGCCUAUGCCGGAAGAUGAGAGCUUUCAAUAUUAUAGCACCGUCGAGCAGUCAGAUGUCGCCCCGACGCUUGCUGCUUUGCUCGGCUUCCCGGUGCCCAAAAACAAUCUGGGCGCGCUCAUCCCUCACUUUUUACCCUUCUGGGCCAACAAGAAGGACCAGGUUCAACUGCUGAUGCGUAAUGCUCGCCAAAUUCGUGACAUUGUCCUGGCAGUGUUUGGCCCGCAGAUUUUCGAGUCAAACCCGGAUGCGAACGCUGCUACUGAGUCAAACAUCGACUAUCGGGAGUUAGCGCUCGGCUGGGAGGAUCUGGCUAAUAGCUAUAGCAGCGGCGGGGGUGAUAUACCUUCUAUUGAAAAGUGGCUUCAGCACGCACAGGGGGUCCUCAGCAGCAUGGCCAGCAAUUAUGAUACAUCAAGGCUCUUCCUGGGGCAAGCUGCUGCCGGUGCAGCUCUGGUCGCUGCCAUCAUUGCCGCAGUGUGGUGUGCCAGGGACAAACUUGUUUCCUUCAUCCCUCUUUCCGGUAUUGUUCUCGCCUACGGGGUCAUGAUGUUCGCAAGCAGCUAUGUCGAGGAAGAGCACCACUUCUGGUACUGGGCGACGACGGCCUGGUUUGCCUAUCUCGGUGUCAGGGGGCUCAAACGGGGUAACGCCUCCGCCGCGCGUCAAAUCCUCACCACUACAGCCCUGCUCCUUACUACGCGCAUCAUUAGGAGCUGGAACCAGACCGGCCAAAAGUUCGCCGGUGAGCCAGAUAUUGUCAAAACCUACCUCAACACCAACCCGGCCCUACUCUGGUGCCUCAUCGGUGUCACCUAUCUCUGGGCGCACCAGAGCCUGAUCUACGGCCUCAGCGGGCUACCCAUGUGGUUCAGUUUCACAACCGCAACCGGCCUCGUCCUCGCAGCCUUCACCUUCAAGGUUGCCUUCACCCUCGAAGACGCCCCAGAACUGGUCACGGACUUCGCCCGCUACAUACUAAAGCUCCACCUCACCCACAGCGCCACCCUCAUCACCCGCGCCCGCGCCGUCUUCAUCGGCCUGGCCCUGCUCACAGCUAUAACCGUCCUCUCCAUGCUCGCCCGCCGCCGCAUCUCCCUCAACCAAAGCGGCACAUCAACCCUCCUAACCCUCUACACCCUCCUCGCCCUAACCCAAUCCCGCCCGCAAAACAUCCCCCUCUACCUGCUGCACAACCUCCAACACCUCCUCCUCUCCUCCGCCACCUCCCUCGGCACGUCCCUCACCCCGACCGAGAUCACCACCUCCGUCCUGCUGCUGCAGCACGCCGCCUUCUUCGCCGCCGGCGGCGCCAACUCGGUCGCGUCCGUCGACCUGUCGAGCGCGUAUAACGGCGUGGCUGCGUAUAGCGUCGAGGCGGUGGCCGUGCUGACCUUUGUGGGGAACUGGGCGGGGGCGGUGUGGUGGGCCGUGGCGGGGUGUGUGAUGCUGGUGGGGUGGAGGGAGAGAAAUGGUGGUACUAAUGGUGGUGGUACUAAUGGUGGUGGUACUAAUGGUGGUGGGAAUGGUGGGAAUGGUGGUGGCGGAAGGGAGAAGGGGAAGGGGUUGUGGAAGGCGCAUGUUGCUGUGUUGACGGUGUUCGUGGCGGGGAGCGUGGUGGCUGUCAUGGCUGCGUGCUCGGCGCUGAGGACGCAUUUGUUUGUGUGGACGGUGUUCUCGCCCAAGUAUUUGUACUGUAUUGCUUGGAGUCUGGGGCAGCAUUUGGUGGUGAAUGUGCUGGUUGGCGGAGUGGUGUAUUGGUUGGGGGUUAGAGAAGGGAAGUAGGGUGUUGGUAAUACACAGUAGAGAUAGAUAGAUGUGCGGUGUGCAUGUACAUGAGGAUGCUGAAGAGUGGCAUAGGUUAUAGAG